AUGAGUCCAACUUCUGCUCCUUCCAGCAAGCCAUUGUACAUUGGUAUCGAUGUCGGCACAGGCUCUGUUCGCGCUGCUCUAGUACAGAAAGACGGGGAGCUACUCUCUACCUCUUCACAAGAGAUCCAAACCUGGCGAUCGCCCACCGACCAUCGGAUAUUCGAGCAAUCGACGAAUGAUAUUUGGAAUAAGAUCUGUGGUGCAGUAAAGAGGUGUUUGGAGGAGGCUGCGGGCGUAUCGCAAGUUUCGGUAGAUGAGAUUGCUGGACGAGUACACGGUAUUGGAUUCGAUGCGACCUGCUCUCUGGCUGUUACGGAUGUAGACGGGAAGGGUGUUACUGUGACUCAGGGGCCUGAUCUGGGCUCGUACGGCGAGAGGGACAUCAUCCUAUGGGCAGACCACCGAGCAGAGAAGGAAGCUGAAACUAUCAACGCUACGGGUUCAGUCGUCCUGGAUUAUGUCGGAGGGAAGAUUAGCUUGGAAAUGGAGAUACCCAAAAUCCUAUGGCUGAAGAACAACAUGUCCCCAGAGCUAUUCAGCCGCUGCCAGUUCUUCGACUUGCCCGACUAUCUCACCUACCGCGCAACGGGCAGCAAAUCGCGAUCCUGCUGCUCACUCACAUGUAAAUGCUCCUACGUCUCUCUGGCCGCUCGGGCUGUGAAGGACGGUCACACUGCUCCCUCUCCAGUGGACCGGGAUGACUCGAAGUCAGGCUGGGACGACCAGUUCUUCCAAACCAUUGGCCUGGGUGAGCUGGUUGAGAGGGGGUACGGGCAGAUUGGUGCUGUGGAUGAGAAUGGGGAGAGGGUUUUGACGGCUGGGAUGCCGGUUGGUUCUGGGCUUUCUAAAGACGCUGCGAGGGAGCUGGGGUUGAGAGAGGGAACGCCUGUUGGGAGUGCUCUGAUUGAUGCGUAUGCAGGUUGGUUGGGUACGGUUGGUGCACGGUGCUUGGAUGCGGAGGGGAGGAAGGAGGAGAGCCCAAAGUUGGACGAGGCGAAGCAUCGGAUUGCGGUUGUUGCUGGUACAAGUACGUGCCAUAUCGUUAUGGAUCCUAUCUUCCCCGGAUGGUGGAUGAAUGAAGGAGGGCAGUCCUCCACAGGACAGGCAAGUGAAAAGACAGACGCUUUGAAGAACGGGAAACUGACUGUGUGCCAGUUGAUCGAGCAUAUCAUCACGACCCAUCCGGCAUAUCCUGAGUUGAAGGAACAGGCUAAAGCAUCAGGUUCAAAUAUCUAUGAAGUCCUGCACAAGAAGCUAGAAUCCUUGCGUGUAGAAAAAGGCGCAGGGUCGUAUACCGAACUGACUAAAGAACUUCAUCUAUACCCCGACUUCCAUGGAAAUCGUUCUCCCAUCGCGGACUCUCGCAUGAAAGGCUCAAUAGUCGGGCUCGAUCUCGACACAUCCCUUUCAUCCCUUGCCCUCCUCUAUCAUGCCACCCUAACAGCCAUCGCCCUCCAAACCCGCUCCAUCAUUGACACCCUCAACUCCAAAGGCCACCAAAUCGACAAACUCUACGUGAGUGGGAGCCAAGCCAAGAAUCCCAUCCUGAUGAAAUUGCUCGCGGAUGCAUGCCAUGGUUCAUCUGGUGUCGUCAAAGGCGUGGUUAUCACUUCAAGCGAUUCGGAUACGCAGUCGAACAAUGGGGGGAAACAGAGUGGUGUGAGCGCGGUUGUUCUUGGGGCGGCGAUGUUGGGGCGUAUGGCGCAUGAAGUUGUGGCAGCGUCGCUUUCUGGAAAGAAGUCGGACCACGAAAAGGUGGCGUCGUUGCUUUGGGGUAUUAUGGCCGAGAUGACACCCGAGGGAGUGUUCAUAGAGGCUAUGAAAGGCACUUCGGAAACUGAAAGGAAGUUGCUUGAGGUCAAGUAUGAGAUCUUCCUCGAGACGGUCAAGUUGCAAAGGAAGUGGAGGGAUGCGGUCGAUGCAGUGCUUAGAAAGUGA